ACUGCCCUGCUGAGUUUCCACACUCUUCACUUGUUGAGCCUUCACCUCUGAGUCUGUCAGCUGCUUCCCCACCCACCCCUAUAGUACAUUCUCUCUGGGCCUCAGGUUGGCAAAUGAAACAAACAAACCACAGAAAGAACUGGAGACACUGGAGGGAGUCUCUCCACCUGUACCUUAUUCAGUGCCUGACCUCUAGUUACCUGCUCAACCUCCUUCUGAGCCUUGGCUUCCUCACAUUUAAAAUAGGUGGUUUUCUCUCUUUUGUCUCCAUCUUCCCUCCUGCUUAGCUCUCCCUUUGAUGAUUUCUCUGUAUCUAUUUUCUUACCCAUAUUUUAUUUCCUCUGCCUCUGACUUUUUAAUCUUAGGUCAUUUCUCUUUAAUCCCCUGUUCGCGUUUCUCCCAUUCUUCUCUGCUGACCUCUCAUGUCUCUCACCUCAGAGUGAAGUUUUAUUACUCCUUUCUGAUGCCAGGGUCAUGGAGAAAGAGACUGGAAUUUUUGUCCUUGGCAUAAUGUUUCAGCCGUGAGAACUCUUCAGUUCCCCUGUGAGGGGAAAGUUGUGCAUGUGAUGUGUAAUUAAAGGGCAAGUGAAUGUGGAUGCUUUGUUAGUCUUCUCUGACAGCAGCUGGGAAAAUGACUUGAAUAUAAUGGGUUUUUCUGUUUUUAAUGUUGAACAGGUUGACUUUGUAAUUGUUCUCCUUAUUUUUACAUUUUCUUUUGUGGGUAAAGAACCACAGCAUGCGUGUGAGGGUCAGAGGACAAUUUAUGGGAGUCAUUUCUUCUACCAUAAGAGUUCUGGGGACAGAACUCAGGUUGUCAGGCUUGGGAAAUGCUUUGCCCACUGGGACACCUCCAUCUUGCCAUAGUGUUACUAUUUGGGUGCUGAGGGAGUGCUGCUGUAGUUAGCAUUUCCGUCCCCUCUUGGCCACAAUGUUUGCCCUGUGAAGUUUGAAGGCAAAGGACAGGUUUGCUCGUGUGAAGCUCAUGAAUGUCGAUGAGGCAAAUGCUGUGUAGAACGAUUAAAAUCCUGUGUCUUCUGUUCCUCAUCAGGAACACAUUUUGCCUCUCGAGAUUGUGGUAUACAGUGGUGUACAGCAGAAAUUGAAUGUGAGCUGUAUGUGUAAUUUCAGAUCUCCUCUCUGUCACAUUAUAAAGGAAGCAGCAGAGGCCAGAGGUAGCUCAGUGGGUGAGACAGGGAUCCGCAUUGGGUCCCAGCACACACGGGAGCUCGUGUGCACAUCUGGAGCACUGCCCAGGGUUGAAGUAAUAGGAUCACUGGGGUUUGUUGGCUGUCAGACAAUGAGAGACCCUGUCUCCAGUAAGGAAGAGCAGAGUAGUGCAGCAGGAGGCCGACUUAGUCAGUCUCUGAACAUGUGCACAUCUAUCUAAGUGUGUGCACCUGUACCAUACUUUAACCCACGAGGUGUAGAAAAAACCCACAAAAAAUCAAUUAAUACACUUAAUUCAGAAUAUAGAAUAUCAUUUCAACUCACAUAUACAUCACAAUUUUACUUUCUUUUUUCAUACCAAGUCUUCCAAAUCAAGUGACUGUCUUCACUCAUUUUAUUAUAGCAUUUAGUACUAACCUGCUUGAAAAUUCAGUAGGCAUAUGUGGCGGAGGCUCUUUGUAAUGAACUCCAGAGUCUUAAAAAAUGACUUCAAUAAAAUAUUCUAACUUAAAAAUCAAGUAUAUAUAUGUGUCUUACCUAUGUGUAUUAUAUACUUUAGGGUUCUAGAAAAGUUUGAGGUUGCUGUGUAGUGGCAUUCUGAGAGCUGGCAAGUAAAGACCAGGAACUAAAUGCUGUUUUGUCAGGCCCGUGAAGUCUAGUUUUGUCGUUUAUAGAGUGCUGAGCUGGGGAUGUCCCAGUUUGUGAGAAGUGCUGGUUAUGCCAGUAUAGUGAGGUAGCCGUAUUUAGUAGUUAGACUAUAGGAGCACAGAGAUGCGUCUAACAUGUGAAAAGCAUUUCCCUUACAUGACUACAGGAGUUUUCCUCCCCCCUGUGAUAGCUGUUUUUAUUUCUACAUAUGAAAAUGUGAUUGGCUUAAGGAAUCAUUAACUCAAUCCCUGUUGUGUGUGAUGGCAACUGUAGUUGACGUCUUGUGAUUGGGCAGGACUUGGUACCUAUCAGUGUAAACACAUGCCGUAGCCUGCCCCAUGCCCCUGCUUAUCAUCUGUGGAGAGAUGGGGCUGAGGCAUUUUGAGCAAAUCUCAUUGGUAAAGUGGUGUGUGCAUUGCUUUUUUUUUUUUUUUUAAAGACCUGUUUGCUUUCAGUUUUAACCAUGUCCCUUUCUGAGUCAGUUAGCAUUUGGUCGUCCACAGAGUAACUGUGUUGCUGCAUUCACCUCAGUAGAGUCAUGCUUGAUAAGUUUCUUCAGUUUUAAGAUGUUUUACCUAGAAGAUAAUAGUGAAGAUGAGAAGAAGGUUCAGGAAAGCUCGCUGAGUAAAACUGCAGGUGUUUAUCAUGGCAAGGCCCCUCCUGGUAUUCUGUCUCAAACCAUGAAUUAUGUGGGCCAGCUGGCUGGGCAGGUGCUUGUCACUGUGAAGGAACUCUACAAGGGCAUUAACCAAGCCACUCUAUCUGGGUGCAUCGAUGUGGUCGUGGUGCGGCAGCAGGAUGGCUCCUAUCAGUGCUCACCUUUUCACGUGCGCUUCGGGAAGCUGGGUGUCCUGAGGUCCAAGGAGAAGGUGAUUGACAUAGAAAUCAAUGGCAGUGCUGUGGAUCUUCACAUGAAAUUGGGUGAUAAUGGAGAAGCCUUCUUUGUAGAGGAGACUGAAGAAGAAUAUGAAAAACUGCCUGCUUAUCUUGCCACCUCACCAAUUCCAACUGAAGACCAGUUCUUUAAACAUAUUGACCCCCCUUUGGUGAAAUCAAGUGGAAAUGAAAGGCCACCACAGAGUUCAGAUGUUUCUCAUACCUUGGAAUCAGAGGCAGUUUUCACUCCGAGUUCUGUGAAAAAGAAGAAACGGAGGAGAAAGAAGUGCAAACAGGACAAUAGGAAGGAGGAGCAGGCGGCUUCCCCUGUUGCAGAAGAUGUAGGCGAUGUGGCUGUGAGCUCUGAUGAUGAGAAGAGAGCCCAGGCAGCAAGAGGAUCUUCAAAUGCUUCCUUAAAGGAAGAGGACUAUAAGGAGCCUCCGCCUUUCCAUUCUGGGGAUAACUAUCCCUUAUCUGAUGGAGAUUGGUCUCCAUUGGAAACCAGUUACCCACAGACAGUGUGCCCCAAGAGUGACUCGGAGCUGGAGGUGAAGCCAUCCGAGAGCCUCCUCAGAUCUGAGUCGCACAUGGAGUGGACGUGGGGUGGGUUCCCAGAGUCCACCAAGGUCAGCAAAAGAGAAAGAUAUGACUAUCAUCCAAGGACAGCUACAAUUACACCAUCAGAAAACACUCAUUUUAGGGUAAUUCCCAGUGAAGACAGCCUCAUAAGAGAAGUUGAGAAGGAUGCUACUGUUGAAGAUACUACCUGUACCAUAGUGAAACCCAAACCUCGAGCCCUGUGUAAGCAACUGAGUGAUGCAGCUUCCACUGAACUUCCUGAAUCGCCUCUUGAAGCACCUCAGAUCUCAUCUACAUUAGAUGCAGACCCUGUUCCCAGCCCAUCAGCAGAGGCUCCCUCAGAGCCCAAACCAGCUGCUAAAGUAGACUCACCUACAAAGAGAAAAGGUGUUCACAAAAGAAGCCAGCACCAGGGACCUGAUGACAUUUACCUUGAUGACUUAAAGGCUCUUGAGCCUGAAGUGGCAGCUCUCUAUUUCCCUAAAAGUGACACCGAUCCGGGUUCUAGGCAGUGGCCUGAGUCUGACACAUUCUCUGGUUCUCAGUCCCCACAAUCUGUGGGAAGUGCAGCUGCAGACAGUGGCACCGAAUGCCUCUCGGAUUCUGCCAUGGACUUGCCUGAUGUAACUCUCUCCCUCUGUGGAGGCCUCAGUGAGAAUGGAGAGAUUUCUAAAGAGAAGUUCAUGGAGCACAUCAUCACGUACCACGAGUUUGCAGAGAACCCUGGCCUUAUCGACAACCCGAACCUUGUGAUCCGGAUCUAUAACCGUUACUACAACUGGGCGUUGGCUGCUCCCAUGAUCCUUAGCUUACAGGUAUUUCAGAAGAGUCUGCCUAAGGCCACAGUCGAGUCCUGGGUUAAAGACAAGAUGCCGAAGAAAUCUGGCCGGUGGUGGUUUUGGCGAAAGAAAGAAAGCAUGACCAAACAGUUGCCGGAGACCAAGGAGGGGAAAUCUGAGGUCCCUCCAGCAAAUGACCUGCCUUCCGGUACUGAGGAGCCCGUCAGUGCCAGACCUGCAGAGAAUGACACUUCUAGUGACGAGGGGUCACAGGAGUUAGAAGAAACCAUCAAAGUUGACCCCAUCUCGAUGGAGACAUUGAGUCACUGUGGAACAGCCUCAUAUAAGAAGUCUCUCCGACUGUCCUCGGACCAGAUAGCAAAACUGAAACUCCACGAUGGCCCCAAUGAUGUUGUAUUCAGUAUCACAACCCAGUAUCAGGGCACCUGUCGGUGUGCGGGUACCAUUUACCUGUGGAACUGGAAUGACAAAGUCAUCAUUUCUGACAUCGAUGGAACAAUAACCAAGUCUGAUGCUUUGGGACAGAUUCUCCCACAGCUGGGUAAAGACUGGACUCAUCAGGGCAUAGCUAGGCUCUACCAUUCCAUCAAUGAGAAUGGUUACAAGUUUCUGUACUGUUCUGCACGCGCCAUCGGCAUGGCCGACAUGACCCGUGGCUAUUUACACUGGGUCAAUGACAAGGGCACAAUCUUGCCUCGAGGCCCCCUGAUGCUGUCCCCCAGCAGCUUGUUCUCUGCCUUCCACAGGGAAGUGAUAGAAAAGAAACCAGAGAAGUUCAAAAUUGAGUGUCUGAAUGAUAUUAAGAACUUGUUUGCCCCAUCCAGGCAGCCCUUCUAUGCUGCCUUUGGAAACCGUCCCAACGAUGUCUAUGCUUACACACAAGUCGGAGUUCCAGACUGUAGGAUAUUCACUGUGAAUCCAAAGGGUGAAUUAAUACAAGAAAGGACCAAAGGAAACAAGUCAUCGUAUCACAGGCUGAGUGAGCUUGUGGAACACGUGUUCCCACUUCUCAAUAAGGAACAGAAUUCUGCCUUCCCAUGCCCAGAGUUCAGUUCCUUCUGCUACUGGAGAGACCCAAUCCCUGACGUGGACCUGGAUGACCUAGCUUGAAAAAGGCCUGUGGCAAGGUGGGGGCACUGUCACUCACCUCCCAGCAGGGAAGGUCACUGGCCCUCUUACAGAUGAAGACCCAGGAGCUGACAGGAACCUGCUUUCCAGAACAGGGACAGAGUCCCCGAAGCUGGCACUGCCACCUUCUUUCAGCUUCCUAAGCCACCACUCAGCACCUAGACAGAGGAGUAAGGGGCAGUCAGCCUGCAUUAGAAGCCUGUGCUCUGAAGCCUGUGCUCCAUUACUUGUGGGCCUCACAUGCCUCUUGUGGAGUUGUGUGCUGUGCACUGGUCAGCUGCAUAGUUUAAAAAGGAAGAAACCAGAAACUCAAAAAGAACAGACCAGCACAUGACUACACAAAGUAAAGAGUUAAAAUCUCCACUGGUCAGUUGGGAUCGUUUCUCUCUAUAAACAGGGCUUUCUGCAGAGGUCCAGUUAGUGCUGCCAGCUGUGUGUACAUGUCCUCCUCCGGACACCUCCACUCCUGCUCACUGAACUAGGACAGCUGCUUCAUGUGCCAGGCAGGCAGCGCCAGCACCUUGAGCCCAGCUGCGCCAGCGUGGGCUGUAAAGUUGGGGGAAGGCAGCCUAGCAGCACCAUCUCCUCGCUGAGAAGGAAGUCGUUUAGGUUGUCGUUAUGACCUAGCAGAAGAACAGGUGCAUAUUUCAUGUCUGGAGUAACAGUGAGGCCUUGGUUUAAAUCACAGGAGAGGCAGUGGCUUUCCUCAGAAGUGUAGGGCAGUUGCCUUGGGCCUUGGGAGUCCUGUUCUCUGACACUGUCACUGCCUUAGGUGGUCCUUGGGGCAGGUAUUUCAGGACAGGAUUUUUGAAAGUCUGGGCUUCAGAUUUGCUAAGGAAAAAGCCUUUGGCUGGUGGCAUUGACCAGUCCUUUGAACUCCAGCCACAUAAGAAGUCCAUGGAGGCGUGGGAGAGAGGGCACUGAGUGCCCGUUGAGAGCGAGCACCGCGGCAGGAGCCCAGCCCACCUGAUUCACCUGUCAGCUCUGACCCUCAUGCAGUUGAUAGUGGGCUACCCCUGCACCUCGCUGCACCUCGCUGGCAGCACCAGACACUGGCCUAGUUAAGUGCUUGUCAAUGUUGGAACACACAGCACCAGGGAGAGUUUUGUCCUCAGAUCUGCAGAGCCGGGACCAGCUGGGUGUGGACAGUCACUGCAGUGCUCACAUCGAGAAGUACUGAAGGAGGGCGUUCCAGAGACCUCAGUGGUUCAGUCACAACCUCCCCUGGGAAGAUGGCCGUGGCGGCUUCUGAGCAGAGGGGGAGCCGCCCUUAAAGCUGUUCCAACCCUGCAUGCCCUGCAGCUGGAUGGCUGGCCUGACCAGGCUUCAGUUUGCUUCACUCAAAAUAACGCUCGCCUAGAGUUGGCUUAGAAAAGGGGUGGUUAUUUUCCAGAUUGGAGAGUUGAGUGUCCCUGCCUCAUUUCAGUAUUGCAGUUGAAUGCAGAGACCAUGGUUGACAAUGUUUAAUUAAAGAAAAAAAGGACCAUGUGAAGCACAGUUCUCAGUGGCAAACCUGAAGGUACAUGCUCCCAGAGAAGGGGCCACACAGGCUUCCACAGCUGAUGUUUCCCAUACAAUUCACUUCUCCUUCGUGAGUUAUCUGUGUUAGGUAGUAGGGAAACUCAGUUACGUUUAUGUGAAAUUCUUGCCGGUUAGUGAAAUAAGAUCCUAUUAAAGCAGCCACGUGGGAUUUGAUGCCCAAGCCAUCAGUACCUUGGUGGUGUAGCACAUCUUCGCUUUAGGGAAGCAGAAUUGUGUACUUAACCUGAGCUUGGUAGGAUCUCGUGGUACAGAAUGUCUUUUAUGUUUUCUCUCAGACCACUUCUGUUUGUCCUUUAGGGAGCUUUUUACCUAGCUAGUCUGUUUGCUUUUCCUGACAAACUCUUUUUUUUUUUUUUUUUUUUUUUUUGGACACAUGGGCCUCUUCAGAAGGUCCAGCAUAGGCUCUGGGUCUCUUGGCCUGUGCCGAGAGGGUGGCUGGUCUUUCUGUCCGUCUGUGUGUCUGUUAGCCCGACACUUGUCACUGCACAUUGAUCAGUGAAUAUUUAGGAUAAUGAAUGUAACUCUUUCCUUAUUUAAAGGAGUCUUCCUUGCUGAAAGUAGAUGAUUACUGUUACUGUAGUGUUAUGAGUGUUAGGUUUGUGCUGAAAAUCCAUUGCCAUUUGUUACAAAUGACAUUUGUUCUUUCUGUGAAAGAGAGAUGCCCUUAAGUGUGUUUGCACACAAACCCUUAGAUGGCUUGUUGCAGUGUCACCUUGUCUUCAGUGACAGGUGAUGCUGAAGAGACACUAUGGCAGACCAGCCACCCGUCCCUCCAUCAGUGUUGCAUCAGUGACUACGGCCCCAUGUCUUUCCAGUUCAGUCUAAUGUUAGUGUCUGGUGUCGAGUGUUGGCACUUCCACUGCUGUGGAAGUGAUGGCUGCUCUCCCUGUGGAGGUUGUACAUGUGGACCUGGAGCACACACACGUAACCGUAUGAUCAGUACUGCAUUUCCUGUGGUCUAUCUGCAUAGUCAGUUGGAAAAAGAAAUGUGUUGGUGUAGUAACGUAAAAACAAAAGCUGCUAAAACAGCCUAGAGUGGGUCAGGACCACAGCUGAGCAGCAGGGAGCCUCUGUCCUGUGCAGCCCCUGUCCAUGGGGCGGGUCCGGCCUUCUGUAGUGCUCUUCAAAGCCAUCAUCCGAGAGAAGAAGCGGUUAAGGUGACGAGCGAGUUUAUCACAUAGCCCUGGGAAACCUUGUUUGAGAGCACGCUGGGGUUUAUGCAAAACUUGAAGGCAGAGGAAAGACUUCCCUUUUAAUAAUUACACUCAGCUGAUGAAGGACUUGAUUAUUAGAGAGCAGCCACUGAGCAGCUUUCAGUCGUCAGUAAUGAAUUGUAAACAUCAGUGCAGUACCUUCAAUGUGGUACAGAAGUUGUCUUCAGAUGAACGGCUCAUGUUUUGGUGCAGUGUUUGAUGUUCACAAAAAUGUUACAAUAAUAAACUAACGUGAACUGAG